GUAGUAAUUUCCUGUUUUGGAGCUUAUAUAACCUGCUUCCAGCUCGAGGUAGCAUGUAGUAGAAGCAACAACUGCAGGUUAAAGAAGUUCGUGUGUUACGACUAAUUAAGUUAGAGUUUAAUAGCAGCACUUGGAUACCUUUCUGCGAGAUGAAGUGGCUGUUUGUAUGUGUGGGGAUUUGCUUAUUGUACGCUAUUGUUGGUAAGUUUAUAUGCGGUUGUUUUAUUUGCUGCCAAACCUUUGUACCACCUUGAAUUUCUAUUUUUGUUAUUUAGCAAAUGCUUCAGCUGAAGAAGCAAAAGUGAGAAAUCGUCGUGCUCUGUGUGGAGGCAAAUCGUACGAUUAUAGAUUCCGCGUUUGCUGUGGCGGUAAAAUUCUCUGGAAAGGAAAUGGUGCUUCGUGUUGUGGAAAUCGCAACUAUGAUUACAGAUUCCGCGUUUGCUGUGGUGGUAAUAUUCUCUGGAAAGGGAGUGGUUCUUCUUGUUGUGGAAAUCGCAACUAUGAUUACAGAUUCCGUGUUUGCUGUGGUGGUAAUAUUCUCUGGAAAGGGAGUGGUUCUUCGUGCUGUGGAAAUCGCAACUAUGAUUACAGAUUCCGUGUUUGCUGUGGUGGUAAUAUUCUCUGGAAAGGGAGUGGUUCUUCUUGCUGUGGAAAUCGCAACUACGAUUAUAGAUUCCGUAAAUGUUGUCCAGGGAACGUAAUAAAAUCCUGGUGUUGAGAACGAAAAACUAAUAACACGCCUUAAUAGUUAUAAUAUGUUAAAUUUAAUCUGUGCGUUUUAAUGAGCUAGUGUGUAAUCACGAAUAAUUAUUAAAUAGAUUGC